AUGGGUAAUGAAGACAACACACCAGGGCAUACUAGAGCUUCAACCGAAAAGGGUCCUCAGCAAUGCUAUCCUUCUACUCCUGCAAGCAUUUCCCGACAUAACUCUCAAGUCUCGCUCCCGCCAAAGGAGGCGAACUCGGAGCCUCAAGAUGAAGCAUAUUCCAUUUUCAGCAAAAGAGAAAAGCAUUUAGCGGUUUUUCUUAUCACAUUCGCUGCAACCUUCUCUCCCUUAUCCUCGUUCAUAUUCUUUCCCGCCAUCAACGCCCUCUCUGCAUCCCUCAAUGUUUCAGUGGAAAAGAUAAAUCUCACUGUCACGUCCUACAUGAUAGUCGCUGGGGUUGCACCGGCGAUCAUUGGUGAUCUGGCGGAUAUGACGGGUAGGCGUAACGUUUACCUGCUUACUUUGCUCAUUUAUGCUGUUGCCAAUAUAGGGUUGGCCGUGCAAAAUAGUUGGAUAGCGCUUUUCUUGUUGAGGAUGAUGCAGAGUGCUGGCGGCUCUGCAACUAUUGCGAUGGGGUAUGGGGUAAUCUCUGAUAUUGCUUCACCAUCCGAGCGUGGAGGUUAUGUUGGCAUGGUGCUCUUAGGUCACACCAUAACUCUGCUGUUUGGUAGCCCCAAUAUUGCUACUGCAAUUGGCCCAAUUCUCGGAGGAGCUUUAAGUGAGGCUCCCGGAUGGCGUUGGAUAUUCUGGGUACCCGCUAUAGCCUCGGGGAUCUGUAUCAUGCUCGUCGCUCUGUUCCUACCCGAGACAGCCCGUUCUAUUGUUGGGAAUGGUUCGCGGAAUGUUUCAGCUCUUUAUCGCCCAAUUUUAGGGUGCCAGCGGUCGAUAAAGCCCACCUCCUUACCAGCCCUUACCGAGAGGGAGAACACUCCACGGAAUUUCCGGAUUCCGAACCCUCUCACAACAUUGAAGAUCCUCGCAUCCAGGGAAAGUCUUCUCAUCACUGCCAUAUAUGGUGUCUAUUAUAUGAACUUCAGUUGUCUUCAAGGCUCUCUGUCAACACUUUUUAUUGACAUCUACCACUUCUCGGAGCUCAAGGCAGGGUUGAUAUACCUACCCUUUGGUAUCGGAUCCUGCAUUGGCGCAUACUGUUCAGGAAAAAUCAUGAAUCGUGACUACCGCCUCACAGCUCGUGCCCAUAAUCUGGUAAUAGAUACUACUCAUGGCGAUGAUCUGACUGCAUUUCCCAUUGAAAAGGCCCGGUUCAGGAGCAUAUGGUACUCCAUAUGCGCGACAGGAAUUUCCACCACUGGAUACGGAUGGGCAUUACAGUGCAGAUCUGUGAGUAACCCCAACUUUGCAGAAUAUGGAACGUGGUUGAUGCUCAUAGAGCCCUUCCACACACAGCAUAUAGCAGUUCCCCUCGUCCUACAGUUCAUAAUCGGCUUCGCCAUAGCGAUCACUUUCAAUGCAAGUUGCUGUGGUACUCUCCUAACGGACCUGAACCCCAAGUCGCCGGCUGCAGCGCAGGCAGCAAACAAUAUCGUCCGUUGCUCACUUGCAGGUGCAGGACUUGCCUUCCUUCAAAGUUGUCUGGAUGCAAUGGGACCAGGAUGGACGUUCACCUUAUUUGGUGGACUAUGUAUGGCCUGUCUUGGCGUGUCAUGGUUGGAGUGGAAGUAUGGCAAGAUGUGGAGGCAGCAAUAG